CCCACGGGCAGAGCUGGAUCUGAGCCCAGGUGACCGAGCCUUGGCCGUGCUGCUGGGAGACUCCGGGAGGGUGAACCGCCUGGCUCUGCCGCCCCCAGCACACAGUGGGCCCACAGGGACGAUGCCUUCCUGCAGCUCCUGGGGCCUCCUCUUGCUGGCAGGCCUGUGCUGCCUGGCCCCAGGCUUCCAGAUGGCAGAGCUCCAGGAGAUAGACUCGUCUGAUCACGGCCACCAGCACCAGGAACCUCUGCCCUGCCAUAAUUUCUCCGCGGACAUCAUCGACCUGGCCUUCACCUUAUACAGGGAGCCAGCCACCUGGUCCAGACACACCAAUAUCUUAUUCUCCCCCGUGAGCAUCGCUAUGGCCUUUGCGAUGCUCUCCAUGGGGACCAAGGGUGACACACACACCCAGAUCCUGGAGGGCCUGAAGCUGAAAUCCAGGGGGACGCCUGAGGCUCAGAUCCAUGAGUGCUUCCGGCACCUCCUCCUCGUCUUCCAGCAGCCGGGCAAACGGCGGCAGCUGACCAUGAACAGCAGCCUCUUCAUCCAGAGAAGGCUGAAGCUCCUGGAUAAGUUCCUACAGGACUCCAGGAAUCUGUACCACUCAGAUAUCGUCCCCGUCAACUUCAAGAACAUCAAAGGAGCUAAGAAACAGAUCAACAGUCACAUGGAGCAGAAAACCCAAAGAAAAGUAAAGGGUCUGGUCAAGGAUCUGAAGAACGGCACGACUCUUGCCCUGGUGAACUACAUUUCCUUCCACGCCAGAUGGAACGAGGAGGCCGAGGCUGAGCGGCACAUCACAGAAGACUUUCACGUGAACAAGAAGACCACAGUCAAGGUGCCCAUGAUCAACUGCCUGGGCAAUUUCUUCCUGCAUCGGGACAAGGAGCUGUCCAGCUGGGUUCUGGUUCAGCACUACCUGGGCGACGCCACUGCCUUCGCCAUCCUGCCAGACCCGGGGAAGAUGGAGCAGGUGGAGAAGAAACUGACCCAAAGGCACUUUGAGGAUAUCCUGAGCGCCAUUGACCUGAGGUCAGUCAAUCUGCACUUCCCCAAACUGUCCAUCUCUGGAACCUAUGAUCUGAGGAUUCUCCUGAGCAGACUGGGCAUCACCAAGGUCUUCAGCAACGGCGCUGACCUAUCAGGGAUCACAGAGAAAGCUCCCCUGAGUCUCUCCCAGGCCCUGCAUAAGGCUGUGCUGACCUUGGACAAGAAAGAGAUAGUGACCUCUGGGGCCACCAAGUGGGAAGAUAACGCCUUGUCUAAGGCCCCCACUCUCCAGUUCAACAGGCCCUUCCUGCUCAUUGUCAAGGAUGAGUACACUAACUUUCCCCUCUUUGGCGCCAAAGUGGUGAAUCCCAUUCAGAAAUAGCUGUUCUCCAGCUUCAGCCCCUCCC